CAGAGAACUGGGCCGUUACGUCAGUCACGGCGCUCCUUCCUGCCCAGGGCAGGGACCCCCCCCAAGCGUUAGCGCAGGCGGAGCGGAUCCACCACGCAACACCAUACAGCCCUCCCCUUCCCGUGCGGUGCUCUCGUAUUUUAGCCUCCACACAGGCCGAUCGAUGGCCAGUCGUGCAAGCUCCUGAAAGACCGCUGCAUCCAAUGGUGCGCCUACUUUACCCGCAUUGGAAAGGUUUUACGAUCACGACUUGCAGUGAUAGCGCUUAGGAGAAGCUGGCCUAGACUCCUGUAGGCGGUAAUCAAUUGCUCGUUCCCCUAUUUGUCCUUACCGAGUCGAACUGCAGGUGUCGAUUCCACUCGUUGAUCCCACUUGCCGGCUAGGUUCCAGUAUAGGCGACUAAAUACAUCCCUAGAGUUGGAAACGCGCGCCGCUGUCUUAGCAUUGGAAACAAAGAGAGAGCUGGUUAAUAGCUAACGGAAGCAACACCGCGAUCGCCAUGAGUUGCAGCAGCACGUGCAACAUCGCCCACCACGUGGCGGCGCUCCAUUGCGCCGACACGGAGGCCACUGCCGUCUCGUCCGCAUCCGCUUCCGCUUCCGCUUCGGGGUGGCAUGCUGCCGUCGAUCCCCACCCCCACUCCCACCCCCAUUCCCAUCCCCAUCCCCUCCCGCGCAUCUGCUCCGUCGCGAGUUGUCGGAGCGCCGCCAACGUAGCAAUGUCAGACCCAGCAGCAGCUAUGGCCGACGCCAUCGCACCGCCAUUCUCGCCGUGCGCGCAAGCCGCGGGGAAGCUGCUGGCCCCUCCGUCCCUCUCCUCCCCCCUCUCCGCUUCCCUUUCGGCCGCUCUCCCCAUGUCGCUCUCUACUCCCUCCCUCGCUGCGCCAUCCUCGCCUGCUCUCCCCGCGCCGUGUCUCUCGACCUCCCCGUCCGCGCCGCUUCUCGAUCGCGUACCGACAGCCUUGACCAGCCUCCCUGAAUUUCCGCCGCUAUUCGCGGAACCACCGCUGCCGUCAUUGUCCCCCCCGUCACCGCCGUCGCCGCGAGCGGAGCCGCUUCAAGCGCCGCAACCGCCGGCGCAAUUGCCGGUGAACCCGAAGCAACUGAGCGUGAAAAGCGGCAAGAGCGCCAAGAGCUGGUCCGCGGCAGUGACGAUCGGCGUGGGAUCGAGCCUGGGUGUGGCAGCCAUGGCGGGGGUGCGCUUCGCAGGCUACGGCAGCGCGCAACCGUCGUCGCUCUUCGACCUCUUCUCUUCCCUCGGCGUUCCGCUCGAUAUAAGGAUGCUCGAGGCCUGCGCGCUCUCCCUCUGGCACCUCUCCGCCGCUCUCUCCCUCCCCCUCCCUCUCCCCAUCCCCAUCCUCUCCUCUUCCUCUCCCUCUCUCGAUCUCUCCCUCAACCUCCUCCUACUCCUCUUGCUCACCGCGCUCUGCGCCGCCGGCGCCGCGCUGCUGCUUCCCCCGUCCGCGCAGUCAUCUUCUUCCUCCGCCACUAGCGCUCCGCACGGGGAAAGGCGGAGUGCGCGCAGAGCAUGUGGCGAAAGGAUCGGCGGCGGUGGUUGCGGAGGCGAAGCAGUACUGAGGGGCAGCAGCAGCGAGGUCAGCGCAGCAGCAGAAGCGGUGGAAACAGCAGUACAGUUGGCGGGAAGAGGAGCGGAGGGGGCGUCAGCAGCAGAGAUCGGUGGAGCCUGGAGGGCAGCAGCGGUGGGCGCGGGGGGGAGUAGCGACGGAGCGGGGUGGUGGUGGGGUAGUGGCUGGUGGUGGUGGCGAGUUACCGUUGACGCCACGGCUGGCGCUGGGGAGAAGGGGGAGGCGCAAUUACACGAGGGAUCGGGUGGAGGCGGCGCAGCAGCAGCAGCAGCAGCAGUGACAGAGGCAGCAACGAGGGUGACGAGGGUUCUUGGCAACUUGAGUAUUGAGGUCCCCGAGACCUUCUUUCUAUCCGCGCCCCGCCAGCCUUCCCCCUCGGCCGCGUCGCCCCGCGUGUCGUCGCCCUUCUUCACAGCGCACUCCCUGUCGCUGUCGCCUCGGGCCGCCUUGCUCUCCCCGCUUGCCACGUGUGCAGCAAGUGAUGCCGCCGCUGCCGCUUCCGCUGCUGCUGCUUCUCCUGGUGCUGCAGAUGACGAAGCGGCUAGUGCAUCAGCAGCGUCAGCAGCGGCAGCAGCAGCAGCGGCCUUUAUGGAGAGUGACAGUGGCGAGGUGAACUCGGGGGACCUGGCGGACCUGAUACUGCACCUAGACUGGUCGUACGACGACGGGCUGGGCCGCUGGGACAGCAUCAUAGACCGCGCCAACGACGACGUGCAGUACCAGGCGUGGCGCCGCGACCCCAAGGACGGAGGCCCUACAGAGUACCACACGCUGACUCGCUUCCCCAGCGUGCCAGCGCACCUGGUUGCAGCCUACUACACGGACUGCGCCUUUCAGCUGCAGCACCAGUGCGACCCCGUGCUCAAAGCCUUCGCCCCGCUCUCCGCAUGUGCUGUCACGGGCGUGCACAAGGGCAGGUUUGAAAGAAAGUACCCGCUCUGUGCUGCCCGGGAGUAUGUGCUCGCAUGGAAAGUGUGGGAGAUGUGGGGGGAGAGUGGGGCAGGGAGGGGCGCCAGGGUGGGUGGGGAGCAGGAGGAGGGGGUGAGGGGAGUGGAAGGAGGGGAGGUGGUGUUCUGUGUGACUAAAGCGGUGGAGGAUGCGGGUGUGCCGCGCAAGUCAAAGCCGAAGCGAGUGGAUGUGUACAACUGCGGGUGGAGGGUGCAGGAUGUCGUUCUGCCUGACGGACGCGUGGUAGCGGAGAUAGAGAUGGUGGUGCGCGACGACUGCGGCAUCCAGCGAGACAUGGCCAAGAUGGCGUUCCGCCGGGGCGCGUGGGGGUACGUGUGCAACACGCUCGCGCACAUCCGCACCUACAUGCGGCUGCACCCGCACCUGCUGGAGGCACACGCUCAACCGCUGGUUGAGGCUGGGAUGGAGCAGGGGCAGCAGCAGCAGCAGCAGAAGGAGCAGGUGCAGCAGCAGUUGCAGGUGCAGGAGCAGGAGGAGGAGCAGCAAGGAGCCGUGUUUUCGAGUAACGGUGGCGGCGGCACCAGCAGCAGCAGAAUUGCUGAGCAGGAAAGAGUGUUCCCUGCACCCAGCGCAGCAGCAGGAGAAGCACCACAGGCAGCAGCCGCAACAGCAGCAGCAAUGGCAUCAGCUGUUGCAGCACCCGCGGAGGCAUCAGCACUGUCGGUAUUCUCAUCUCUGUCAUCUGGAGCAGCCCAAGCAGGUGCGGUGGUGAAGCAGUCACUUGCGGUGCAGCCGUCACUCUCUCGCCUCCUGCUCCUCACGCCCCGCCACUCCCUCACCUGUGCGUUCAACCGCAUCCGCUCCGCUGCUGCCGCUACCGCCAUGGGCAGCAAAGGCCUCUUUGCAGCAACGCCAGCACCAGCAUCUGCAUCAUCAUCGGCAGCAUUGUCAGCAGCAUCAGCACCGGUGGCGUCAGUGGCUCGAACAGCGGAGGGCAAGCGGGUGCUGCUGCUGCGAGGAGUCGUGCCUACAGUGGCCGUAGCAGCCAUGGGCCUGGGAGUGGGGGGGCUGCUGGUGGUGCACUAUGGGGCGGCAGGAGCAGCGUCUAAGUUUCUUCUCGCGUGCACUCUCAGGUCCAUGUGGAUGGGGGCUCAGAGGGAGAGCCCGGAGGAAGGAACCAAGGCGGGCCGCAAGGUGAUCGGAGCGAGGUAGACUGAGGUUGACAGCGGUAGUCAGAUGUUGACAGCGGUAGACAGUGGUAGAAUGUGGCAGGGAAGCAUGCAAUGGCUGGCCAUUGGAAAUGGGGGAUGGGUGGGUAGCUGUGAACAGCUGCUGUGGGAAUAAUGGCCACCCGUCCCAUGAUGAGUAUCAGUCAUGUGUGUAGAUAGGGUGAGAGGGAGAGGUGCCUGCCAACCAAUAAAGGGGCGUCCGCAUGCUGGCGCGGCUCUGUUAGGUGUUGUGUUGUGUCAUCAUGCGUUCGGUGACUGGUGCGCUGGUUGUAGGCAGUGGGCAUGAAUGUCAGCAUUUAUUUGUUCAUAUGCAGCGUAUCAGUCGAAUUGUAUUGUAUGGAGC